UGGCAGCCCUCAGGUAUGCCCCUGCCCAGGUAUCCGCACCUCCAGCCGCCUCCCCUGUCAGCCCCCAAGCUGUGUCAAUCUUGCUGGGAGCCAGGACUAAUUCCACGUCCCUGAGUGGCUGCAGAGCGGGAGCCGGGCCGCCGCGCCGCACCAUGGCGCCCACCCUGGCCACUGCCCAUCGGCGCCGCUGGUGGAUGGCCUGCACGGCCGUGCUGGAAAACCUCCUCUUCUCGGCAGUCCUCCUGGGCUGGGGCUCGCUGCUCAUCAUGCUCAAGUCGGAAGGCUUUUACUCCUACCUGUGUACUGAGCCAGAGAAUGUCACCAACGGCACAGUCGGGGGCACAGCAGAGCCGGAGCAUGAGGAGGUGAGCUGGAUGAAUGGCUGGCUCAGCUGCAAGGCCCAGGACGAGAUGCUAAACUUGGCCUUCACCGUGGGCUCCUUCCUGCUCAGUGCCAUCACCCUGCCCCUGGGCAUUGUCAUGGACAAGUACGGACCAAGGAAGCUCAGGCUGCUGGGCAGUGCUUGCUUCGCUGUCUCCUGCUUGCUGAUUGCAUAUGGAGCAAGUAACCCAAACUGUAAGUAUGCUUUUCCUCCACUCUUUUAUCAGGGACUGGGGAGAGAGUGCCAGAGUUUCACCAGAAUCUCACUGCCCAACAUGUUUGGCGACCUUCGGUCUACAUUUAUUGCUUUGAUGAUUGGAUCCUAUGCCUCUUCUGCAGUCACCUUCCCAGGAAUCAAGGUCAUCUAUGACUUUGGUGUUUCCUUCAUCGUCAUCCUUGUGGUCUGGGCCGGCUGCUCCGGGCUAGUUUUCCUCAACUGCUUCUUUAACUGGCCCCUGGAGCCCUUCCCGGGGCCGGAGGACAUGGACUAUUCGGUGAAGAUCAAGUUCAGCUGGCUGGGCUUUGACCACAAGAUCACAGGGAAGCAGUUCUACAAGCAGGUGACCACAGUGGGGCGCCGCCUCAGCGUGGGCAGCUCCCUGAGGAGCGCCAAGGAGCAAGCGGCGCUGCAGGAGGGCCACAAGCUGUGCCUGUCCACUGUCGACCUGGAGGUGAAGUGCCAGCCGGACGCGGCAGCAGCCCCCUCGUUCAUGCACAGCGUGUUCAGCCCCAUCUUGCUACUCAGCCUAGUCACCAUGUGCGUCACACAGCUGCGGCUUAUCUUCUACAUGGGUGCCAUGAACAACAUCCUCAAGUUCCUGGUCAGCGGCGACCAGGACAUAGUUAGCCUCUACACCUCCAUCUUUGGUGUGCUCCAGCUGCUCUGCCUGCUGACAGCCCCUGUCAUUGGCUACGUCAUGGACUGGAAGCUAAAGGAGUGUGAAGACGCCGCCUCUGAGGAGCCAGAGGAGAAAGAUGCCAACCAAGGCGAGAAGAAGAAGAAGCGGGACCGGCAGAUCCAAAAGAUCAACAAUGCCAUACGGGCCUUUGCCUUCACAAACCUGCUGCUCGUGGGCUUUGGGGUGACCUGCCUCAUUCCCAACCUGCCUCUACAGAUCCUCUCCUUCAUCCUACACACGAUUGUACGAGGAUUCAUCCACUCUGCUGUUGGGGGCCUGUAUGCCGCCGUGUACCCCUCCACCCAGUUUGGCAGCCUCACAGGACUGCAGUCUCUGAUCAGUGCACUCUUUGCUCUCCUGCAGCAGCCUCUGUUUCUGGCCAUGAUGGGUCCCCUCCAAGGAGACCCUCUAUGGGUGAAUGUGGGGCUGCUGGGCGUGAGUAUGCUGGGGUUCUGCCUGCCCCUCUACCUCAUCUGCUACCGGCGCCAGCUGGAGAGGCAGCUGCAGCAGAAGAGGGAAGACGACAAGCUUUUCCUCAAGCUCAACGGCUCAUCCAACCGGGAGGCUUUUGUGUAGCACCCACCACCUCAGAACUGUGGGCUCCUGCCCUCGCUUCAGUGACUCACUGAUGUCCUCCUCCCCACCCCAGAGGACCCUCAUGCACCCCCAGGAUCCUCUCCUUCACCAUGUUGGAGUCCACGCUCCCUCCCAGGGCCCUAGUCCUGCCUCGGAGCUCUGCGGUAGAAGGACGGGAGAGGGCCCAGACCAGACGGGCAAUUUUCCUACUGCUGGAAGCAGGAGCUGCCCUGGGCUUUGCUGUGCCACCCUCGAGGGGCCCUGGGACCUUGAGGCUCCAUGGUGCCUGCAGGAGGAAUUAGGAGGACCCCCAGCAGGCAGGCUCUCUUCCUCAAGUGUCUGGAUUCUGCCUCUCGCCAAAGCAGAGGGGUCUGCCAUCCACUGCCUGCCACCUGCCCCUCGGCUGCAUGCCCACUGACCACGCCUGCCUGAGGACAAAGGCUUGCACUGUCUGCACCCCCCUCGCCUGGCCCCUCACCUCCUCCCCUGGCUAGUCGGAGGCUGCCUGAGGAAGGAAGGACCCGCUUCCUGUUGUUGGUGCUAACUCCUUUGUAAUUCCAGCCCCCCGUGGCCUGUCCAUGGCCUGUCCUCCCAUUAAAGGCCUGCGGAGAAGUCCCCCUGGCUUAAAGCCUGGGGAGGGGAUAGAGGGCUGGCUGGUCACACGGAGCCAUGGAUAAGGCUGUUCAGCAGUCUCUCACCUCCUCUCUCGGGGCCUAAGUGGGGAGCAAGUUUCCACUGCCACCCUCCAUCCAGUCUGUGACCUGAAGGGAAUUGAAGGGGCCCCAGUAGAGCAUCCCCUGACACCCAGCUGUUUUUGUGGGGGUGUAAGUGAGGCUGUGGCUGACAGACAUUGAGGUCCAGGCCUGGGUAGGGAGGUGGAUUUGUGAGGGGCUUAGGGGUGUGUGUACAUGGGGGAUGUGUGUAUGUGUGAUAUGUGUGAGCAAUGUGUGUGGGGUGGUGGUAGGUAGGGGCUCUGGGUGUCUCUCCUUAUCCUUCCGGAGCCGCCCAGGGGCCAGCCAGGCCUGCAGCAGGCCCAGCAACUGAGUGAGCCCCGCUCAGGGCCUGGAGCUUGUCUGAGCCUGUGGGGUUGCAGCGCCCCCUGCUGGCAGACUCCCCCAGAGCCCUGGAGCAGUUUAAGCGGGAGAGGCCGCCCUUUCUGUGCCAGGCAGGCCUGGCUUACCAACCCACCCAACUUGACUGUCCCCAGAAAUGUGUCUGAGACUUGUUGGGAGUGCUGAGAGGGGUGGGUUGAUUUUUAGGUUUAUAGUUUUGUUUUUUUCCCUUUAAGUUUUAUCAGAUUCCUUUUUAUAAAGCAAUAAAUCCAUUUUCCUCCUGGUACAGGACACCCCUGCUAGCAUAUCAGUUAAUGGCUACAUGUGCCUGUUUUAUGCUUGAGAAGAGAAGGCAA